CUUUAGUUAACAGGUGGAUUAGUUUUUUGACUAUCCACUGUAUCCUUUACUUACAAUGCAGAUUAUUAUUUACAAAACAACAUGGCUGUGAAUCAGGAUAUGAAAGAAAAACAAGUAUGUCAGUGAAGUGUCUUUUCAGUGAUUUCAUUCUAAAAGCUGUACAAUCGCAAAUAUAUACAUGUUCCUUGUGUAAGGAUUCGAUAGUUAAAAGUGGCUUGUCAAGCAUGGCAACAAAAAAAGUGUCAAUACAUGAGCCAUCAUUAAAAUCAAUUAUGGCAAGUUUGCAGAACGGACCCUUGAAACCAAUGAUUGAUAGUUUUCAAUCAUACAAAAGGUACGUUGAUGAUACUUUUAUUAUCUCUGAUAAUCAAUGUAAACUGAAUCACUUUUCACAAAUAGCUGCCAUUCAGCAAUUAAAUUCACCAUUGAGAUCAAAAAUCCACUUUCUCGACGUACAGCUGAUAAAAGGUUAAAAGGAUGAAUUGACAGAAAACCAAUAUGGAGUGGUCAAUUGGUGAGGCUUCAUAGCUGGGUGUUCAUGAGUCGCGAACGGAAUUCGAUCAUAUCUUUUGCCACUCGCACAAGACGAACCUGUAGUACCGAUGUGUUUGGAGAGGAAAUUUCUGUUCUGAGGAACAUUCUGAUCGAAAAUGGAUUCCUAUUACGCUUCACUGACAAAAGUAUAAAGCCAAAAGCUCUCAAGGAGAUCUGUGGCACUGUGCACUAUCCUGGGUGGUUACAAAGCAGUUACAGUGGGUCGAUAGAAAGUCGUAUAAUUCAACACAUCUUGAACGUGAGUUGCUGUCUCAAGAAUCUCCUCGUUCAGACUUACUUGUAAAGCGGAAAGAAACCUUCCGAAAAUUAUACAUGUUCGACUUUUCUGUAUCUCUGAACUUCCGUAUGGAGAAGCUUAAACUUCGUUAUCAAAAGAAGAUUGUUCAACCCUUUCUUCUUUCAAAGUCUUACUCUACAGUCUUCGAAACAACCUCUUCCUUUUUCCCGUUUUCAACUUAUGGAAACUUAUUAUUCUCUAUAGAGCUCGUCAUAUUUU